CUCAAUCAUCACAAUCACAGGCACAUCCCGAGAUGCAAUUCCGAUAUGCCCAACCCCUUGCCAAGCCCGAGGGAGUCGCCGGCAAUAAGUCGGCUGAAGAACAUCGCCGCUUCAUGCUUUCGGCAGAUCGGAGUGGAGAGCUCAACUGCUCUGUACUAUGCCCGAUUGAUUAGCAACUCCCCUCGGUCCCCACUAUGAUUCAUAUCCAGUUUCACUGUCUCGUAUCUUUUGAACUUCAAGAGAUCCCCGCCCGCAGGAAUUACGCUGGUCAAUUGUAAUUUCAACUCCAUAACUACGAUUACAUCAUGGCUUCCGAUAUGGAAUACGUCCGCCUGGGCAACUCCGGCCUGAAGAUCUCUAAGAUCAUCCUCGGUGCCAUGUCUUACGGCACCAAGCAGUGGCAAGACUGGGUGUUAGACGAGGAGGAAGCCCUCCCCUUGAUUGAGCACGCCUACAAGCGCGGAAUCAACACCUGGGACACGGCCGACGUCUAUUCCCACGGUCGCUCAGAAGAGAUCAUUGGCAAGGCGCUGAAGCAAUUCAACAUCCCGCGCAACCGGGUCGUGAUCUUGACCAAGUGCUUCUUCGGCGUGGACGACGAGGGCGGCAUGCCCCCGAUCUCAACCUCCGGCCGUAACGACGGAGACUUCGUCAACCGCGUCGGCCUGUCUCGCAAGCACAUCUUCGACGCCGUCGAUGCCAGCGUCAAAAGACUGGGCACCUACAUCGACGUGCUGCAGAUCCACCGCUUGGACCGCGAUACGCCUCGUGAGGAGAUCAUGCGGGCACUCAACGAUGUGAUUGAGAGCGGGAAAGUGCGAUACAUUGGAGCCAGCACGAUGGCCGCCUGGGAGUUCCAGACCCUGCAGAACAUCGCCGCCCGCAACGGCUGGCACCAGUUCAUCUCGAUGCAGAACUACCACAACCUGCUAGCCCGCGAGGAAGAGCGCGAGAUGAUCCCCUACUGCCAGGACUCGGGCGUGGGACUGAUUCCCUGGUCGCCCAUGGCGCGCGGCGUGCUGGCGCGACCGUGGGGCUCGCGCUCGACGGUCCGCGAGUCGACGGACGGCGCCCUCAAGAUGCUGAUCCGCAGCCGCGAGACGGAGGCCGACAAGGCCAUCGUCGACCGCGUGGAGGAGAUCGCCAAGAAGAAGGGCAUCACCAUGGCGCAGGUCGCCAUCGCAUGGUCCCUGAGCCAUUCCAACGAGAACCCCAUCCUCGGGCUCGGCAGCAAGGAGCGCAUCGACGAGGCUGUCGCCGCCAUCAAGGUGGAGCUGAGUGCCGAGGAGAUUAAGUACUUGGAGGAGCCCUAUAUCCCCAAGGCCAUUACCAGUCUGGAGCGGUGAUUUCAGGCGCUAUGUUCUAAGGUAGUUUAUGUUGUUGAAGAG